GGUUAUGUUUACAUUAAAUUUAACUACCAAUACUUACAAAUUUUUCUGUAGUCUAACCAAGUUAGACCAAAUUGUUUAUUGAAAUGGAGAAAUUAAAACAAAUAAAUCGUAAAUGUAAACGAUUUUCAGCACGCUUAAAGACUUCAAAGGGAGUUUUAUGUGUUGAAAAACCAACUACUAACAUAGUGUUGUGUAACGUAGGCCAGGCUACUGGCUUUCUCAAGGAAGAUGCUAACAAUCUCCAACAAGAGCUACCCACAGUAAACAUACUUAAAUACAUUGCUGAAAAAGGCGAAUCACACUCUUUUUUAGUGUUUACUGAUGUUAAAAGUUCUCAACUGUUUUAUGAAGCUCACAAUGGUAAAGCAAAGGCGAUGAAUGGAACAUUAAUUUAUAUGAAUUAUGUUGAAGAAGUUCCAAGUGAUGAGAUACUUUGCACAGCAGAUCCACCAAAAGGACUUCAAAUAAUACCUAAUUUUAUUACAAUUGAAGAAGAAAUUGCAUUUAUAACACUCUUUGAUUGGAUGGAUGAGUCUAACCUAAAGAAUCGACAAGUAAAACAUUAUGGGUAUGAAUUUAGAUAUGGCAGCAAUGAUGUGGAUUUAAACACCCCCUUAGAUGAAAAAAUUCCUUCUCAGUGUGAUAUUUUAUGGGAAAGAUUGAGAGCUCAAGGCAUUGCUAUAAAUGUACCAGAUCAACUUACUGUAAAUAAAUAUUUGCCCGGACAAGGAAUUCCAUCACAUGUUGAUAGACACAGCCCCUUUGGGGAUACAAUAUUAUCUCUUUCACUAGGCUCAGAUGUUGUUAUGGACUGGAAGCAUCAUAGUAAUAAAUAUGUACCCAUUGUGGUGCCUGCUCGGUCUAUGCUUGUUAUGCAGGAGGAGGCAAGAUAUGACUGGCAGCAUGCUAUUCAACCUCGUACAAGGGACCCCAUAGUACAGACUAGAAAACACGAGAGAGUUAUAACUGGUGAUACUAGACCUCGUGACACAAGAAUAUCUCUUACUUUCCGUAAGACAAGAGAGGGACCAUGUGAAUGUAGUUAUAACAUUUUGUGUGACCGAUUUAAAAAUGAUGGGGAGAUAGACAAUGUAUUAGCAUCGCAUUUAGAGGAGUUGCAUGUACACCAGGUGUAUGAACAAAUAGCGGGUCAUUUUAGUACGACGCGUCACAAGCGCUGGCCUCGGGUUGAUGAAUUUUUGCAGAGCGUACCCUCCGGUGCGGUGUUACUAGACCUUGGGGCCGGAAAUGGCAAGAAUAUAUUGAACAGGAAUGAUAUUUUGCAGAUAGCAGGCGAACGUAGUGCAGGGUUGUUAUUAGAAUGUUCGGCGCACACACGCGCUAUAUCCGGCUCGGAUUGUGUCAGACUCGACUUACUUCACUCGCCGUUAAGGGACGCGUGUGCGGACGUCAUUAUUUGUAUCGCUGUCAUACAUCACUUUUGUAGCGAGGCAAGAAGAAAACAAUCGAUCCUUACGAUCGCGCGUCUUCUCCGUCCCGGAGGCGUCGCUCUCAUCACUGUGUGGGCCAAAGACCAGACCAAAUCGAACUACUUGGACACAAACAAGGAAAACCGCGAUACAGACCUAGUGACCACGAUUGGAGGUGUAAAUCUUCCAAUACACGAAAAUAGAACACAAUUUCAGCAUUCAGAUCUCCUAGUUCCGUGGAAAUUGAGGCAAAUCCGGGAUAAAAAGUUAACGAAGACGUCUGACACGUUUUUGAGGUAUUACCACGUGUUCGAAGACGGCGAAUUGGAUGAUUUGUGUAAACCGGAACUCGAGAUUCAGAACAGUUUCUAUGAGGAAGGAAAUUGGUGUGUUGUUUGUAAGAAAUUGUAAAAAGUCAUAGUAUUGUGUAUAUCGGAUAGUCUUUUUUAUUAAAUUAUAGAUUAUUUAUAUUAAAGUCUAUAUUAACCCUUCAAACGUCAAAUGUCAGAUGUCUAACGUGAUCGCUCGCGCCAUCUGUCAAACAUAGAUUCCCAGUGACAUUGAAUUCUCCUAAUAUCAUAGAUUUACAUACAUACAUUAAAAAUUAACACUCGACACUGACAAAUAUACUAUUAAAACGCGCGAAUGCGUAAUUUCAAGUUACCAGUGACCAUUUUGAAAAACUUAUGAUUACUUUUAUCACAUGACAUGUCUUGGCUGGUAUUAACAAUGUCGGUAUAGCAGUGGAACUUAUUAUCGCUCUCCAUGUUAAAUCUUACAAUUAGAGCACAGUAAUUUUCCGUUACUUGAAAACAUAAAAGGAAUCUAUUAAUGUGUAAAUUUGCUAAUAACUACACCAUGAAAUGAUUUUUCUAUUUUUUUGAUUAUGAAAUGAAUAUCGCUUUGUUGACCCCAAAAUAGAAUAUAACUAAAAUUGCUACAUUUAUAACAAAGUCAAAUCGUGCUCUAAGGUUAAAAAAGUCAAAAUUCUCCAAAGUUCAGAAAUCCAAGCCAAGUUGUGAUUAUAGGUAAAAUAAAACAGUAAAAUAACCACGGAAAAUUAAGGUUGAAAGAGGAACAGACAACGAAUGAAAAAUGUCACCGGCCAUGACAGUUAAAACCACAUGUACUCUGUGGUUGUUAAAACUUAAAAAAUAUUUUUUUAGCUUCUAUCAAUGAAAACGGUGAUUUGGUGCUUAAUAACGUAGGGA